AUGGCCAGUGCAGAGUCCUCUUUGCUUACAACCCUAGGUCCCAGCCCAGAUCCUGGCGACAGCCAGGGAGAGCUGGACUGCAGUUUCAAUGAAGAGUUCAAGUUCAUCCUGCUGCCUGUGAGUUACACAGUCGUUUUCCUGUUGGGCCUGGGCCUCAACACCCUAACCCUCUGGCUCUUCCUCUUUCGCCUCCGACCCUGGGAUGCCACGGCCACCUACAUGUUCCACUUGGCCUUGUCAGACACUUUGUAUGUGCUGUCACUGCCCACCCUCAUCUACUAUUAUGCGGCCCGAAACCACUGGCCCUUUGGCACAGGACUCUGCAAGUUCAUCCGCUUCCUCUUCUACUGGAACCUCUACUGCAGCGUCCUCUUCCUUACCUGCAUCAGCGUGCACCGCUACCUGGGGAUCUGCCACCCGCUUCGGGCCCUGCGCUGGGGCCGCCCACGCUUUGCGGGCCUUCUCUGCCUGGCCAUUUGGUUGGUCGUGGCUAGCUGCCUUGUGCCCAACCUGUUCUUCGUCACCACCAGCCCCAAGAAGGACACCAUCCUGUGCCAUGACACCACUCGGCCCGAGGAGUUUGACCACUACGUGCACUUCAGCUCAGCUGUCAUGGGGCUGCUGUUUGGCGUGCCCUGCCUGGUCACUCUCAUUUGCUAUGGGCUCAUGGCCCGGCGCCUGUAUCGGCCCUUGCCAGGGGCCACCCAGUCAUCCUCGCGUCUGCGUUCUCUCCGCACCAUCGCUGUGGUGCUGACUGUCUUCGCUGUCUGCUUCGUGCCCUUCCACGUCACCCGCACCAUUUAUUACAUGUCAAGGCUGCUGGAAGUCGACUGCCAGGUGCUGAACGUUGUCAAUGUGGUCUACAAAGUGACUCGGCCUCUGGCCAGUGCCAACAGCUGCCUGGAUCCCGUGCUCUACCUGCUCACGGGGGACAAGUAUCGCCGUCAGCUCUGGCAGCUGUGCAGGUGUGGGGAGCCUCAGCCCCCCACCACGGCCUCCACCCUGGCGCUGGUGUCCCUGGCUGAGGAAAGCAGCUGCAGGUGGACAUCCGCCCGGAGGGACCGUGGCUUCCCUGCCCCUGGGGCAGAUAGAUUGUAG